CCAUUUAUAUUACCAGAAUCCUUUACAAUGGUAUCAAAUUCACGACGUAAAAAGAAAAAAGGCAGUGAUAUUGUUGAAAUACCUGAUAAAUCUUCCACAUCACCUUUGUAUAUACUAUUUAUUAUCAAAUUACAGACCAGAAAAGUUCUAUCUAAUAUCAAGAAACAAAAGGAUAUUAUAAAAUCGUCUACAUCACGAGGUCCAUCAAUAAUACUAGCAUCAAAAAACCAACAUAUGAACGCCGAACAUCAAAAUAUUCCUCAAAAUUUGCUGAUUCCUUAUAUACAAAUACCUGUUGACAAAGUUAACAAACUCAAUGAUUUAACGGUCAACACUAGAAAAAAU